UGGCUCAGAUGAAGAAAUAUUUAACAGAACACAGUGUCACAGGGCCACUUCUCCAGUCUAUCAUUUUCCAAGAGGAAAAACUAGACAUAGUCCAGCCACAGACGUAUAUCUCUGCAGCCAAUCAGAUCUUACAAAAUUUUAAGUGCAGAAUACCAAGACUGUCCAAUCAGAUACGCAAAGCCAAAGCUACGAUCACAGAGCCAACUGGCAAAUCGGAUAAUCCGUUACAGUUUGCUGCAGGAUUGGCUCUUGCAGUUGACAUGGAUGUUUUGGUAGAGAAUGUGGAAGAAGUGCAAGAACUGAGAGUCAAGCUCAAGACGCCAGACCAGCAGGUCCAGUAUCUCUUGCCUAAACCCAGUGACUACAAACGAAUAGGACCACUUAAACACAGACUGGUCACCCAAGUCCUGGUCUCCCAUGCAGUCUGGCAAGAGGCAUGCAAUAUAGAACUGAGCCUGGUGAAGUUCUGUGACCGUUCCUCUGCAGAUGACAGCUCAGAGAGCAAGGAGAAAGUGGUGGUAGAACUGUGCAAGCCUGUCAAGGUCUUAGUCCAGCCAAAGGCAACCAAGAGGUGAUGCUUAUCUUAAACUAUGAGGAUUAUGGAGUAUCUUGUAAGAGGCACCAAGAUGCACACUAAGAGCAAGGAGAAAAUAUGGUGGAACUGUGCAGGCCUGUCAAAGCCAUAGGUCACAUUCAGAACAGAUGAUACGGGGACUAAAUAUGGCUGAUCCCACUUAAAAGCAAGCCCCCUUAUACCCUUAUGGUUUCCCCACCUCAUGUGCCAUUAAACGGAUUAAAUCUCGACUCCAAGAUUUAAUUGCUAGGCCUUUGAAAGGAAUGAGACCUUCUGGAAAUUAAUUGGUGAUGUCUACUCCAAACAUAUAGUGAUCAGGAUCAUUUUAUGAACAGUUCCAGGUACUUAAAAGGGCAUUGGGCAGUGCAGGUCCCCUGUUCCCAAUUUGCUACCGUGCAGGAGAUGGUGAAGUUUAGAGAGACAGACUAAUAACAUUCACUCCCUUUGGAGACACUGGUUUGCUGAAGGCAUCUUAAUCAGACAUCCAAAGGCGGCACCUUGCACAAGAGGUGAUAAACCUUGGGAGAAAAUCGCCCACCCAUUAACUAAAGGUGUCUGAAAAGAUUUCAAAGGCAGCAACUUGUACACGAGGUUGAUGUAGACUGGUGGAGUUAGUAAUAAUGCAGUUGGAAAGUUUUGAAAGAACUGUGUAUGUUAUAACAAAUACAAACUAUAACAUCUAAACGUGCAUUUUUGUUCAAAACUGUUAAUAGUCUUUGUACUAUAGUAUUUCAGCAGUCUAUAGACUUUUAUCAUGAAAUCACUUAAAGGGAUAAUAACUCUUCGUAUGAGAUCUAUAUUUCACAAUAAAAACCUUG